CCUUGGUUAUGUCCGUAGUUCUUGGUGUGACAACGUAGUUACUUUUCCGCCUCCAGUUUGUAUAGUGAUAAAUGUUGUGAAUCCGCUAAUUUGAGCUAUCCUCGGAUUCUGUCACUCCCGAUUUAGUUAUACAUUAUUCUACCUCUCCGAUAUAUUGGCCGGUUUCCUACCUCAUUCCUGUAGGUUCGAUCCCUACAUAUCAAACUUUUUUACAAGUAUUACAAUGGCAACAACACGUUGGAAGAGUACACUCUAUUCUUCGGAGAAAUUUGUCGAAGCUUGCGGGGCUGUUGUGUUCAACACAGAGAAGCCGGAGCAAGUCCUUUUACUAUACUAUGCCGCCCUGGACGAAUGGUUGCUGCCGAAAGGGAGACGUAACUGUAACGAAUCCCGGAAAGACGCAGCCAUACGAGAAGUUCGCGAAGAGUCAGGUUGUGCCAUUCGAUUACGCCCUGUAACGAUGACUACUCGAGCUCCAUCUGACUCGGAAGCGGCUGACGUUAAAGAUAUCCCACGCACCUACGACAGCCUCACGGAAGCUUUUAUGCUAGAUGUUCGAGACUUGGAGAAGGGCAACGGUGUCAAGUUAGUCUGGUGGUUUAUUGCAGAACUAGACAGCAUUGCGGGAGAUGGAGAGGCGCAGUUCGAGCCUAAAUUCUUUCGGAGCGACGAAGCCGUCAAGAUAUUGACGUUCCAGAAAGAUCGCGAUGUGCUAGUGAAGGCUUUGGAGCUCGUAGGACGCGCUGCCGAUAAGACGAGCAAGACUUGAGAGGAUGGCGUAGAAUCAAUCGAAUGGGGGACGGACGAACAACGAGUUUCACAAUCCGAUGCGACGCCAGAGUCUGCUGACAGUUCGAAUGGUACAUACCUAUAACGAUCCUUUUAUCACUUUCUAGAG